CGAGGAUUAGGGUGCAACCAUGGGGAUGGCGAAGAGUGAGAGUAGCCCAGCUCCAAAGAGGAAGUUUUUGCAAAGGGACUACAAGAAGGGACCUUUCUUCCAGUCGGACAAUGAGCCCAUCUACAAGAGGGACUUUUCAGAGCCGACUGGUGAGGACAAGCUGGACAAGAAGUUACUGCCCAAGGUGAUGCAAGUCAAGGGUUUUGGCCGGCGUGGCCGCGUCAAGUGGACGCAUCUCGUCAACGAGGACACAAGCCGAUGGGACACACCGUGGAGCUCGAAUAACGAGUUUCGUGCCCAGUAUGACAAGAAGAUGGACAAGCCGAUCGAGAGGCCCCGGGGCAGCAAAAAGAUGAAGAUGAGCGUUCAAGACUUGUACGAAGUGUAACAAUCGUCUCAAAGGGUAAAAACGCUUUCCCUGUAUUUUUCAUCAGUUAUGGAACUGAGAGAAAUUCAAGACUCACCUUGAU